UAUGAGCGUCAAUGGUGAUUGUCAAAAUGACUUUUUUAAUUUGCUGAAGUUUACCUAACUUAUAGUAUGCUGAACAGUAAAUUUUGGUUAACUAUUAACAUUAUGCAAAUGGCUUAUUUCAAUUUUCACAAACUUGGAUAGUUGUUAUAUUCAAUAUUUUGGAUGAUAUUAUUUUGAAUCGUCAUAAUUGGAUUUACUUUUUUGGAUGAAAAUCACUUACUUCAUUGCAGAGAAGUAACUUCUGAAUUUGAGGCAAUCAGGAAAGAAUCUGAUGAUGAUAAUAAAGAUUCGCAAAUGUAUUGUUUUGGAAUAGAAUAUCCUAUGCAUUGUGUAAAAUACUAUGGACCUCAUCCAAUUAAUUGUUUGGAAACAAUUUGGCAAUCUGCUCGUUGUAUUGAAGAAGGAGACAAACAUCCAUCAAAAUUACUGCAAACAGAACUAACCCGACAUGAUGCCAGAACUUGAGAGAAAUUAUUGAUGAAUUCAAUGGAACUAUGUCAGCUGCUGAUAAUGAUCAGUUGGAGGAUCAAAAUCAAUGCUUUGGAUUGCCAUAUCCUAACCACUGUGAUAAGUACUAUGGCCCAUAUUCUGUUGAAUGCCUAACUACAAUAUGGACUUCAGUUAGAUGUUUGUCCGAAGGUGAUGAAUAUCCUCAUAAAUUACCUCAAAACGCUAUCGAGGCUUUCACAGAAAUGGGGUUGAGGGCAGUGAUUUCUCAAUUCAAUGCAUCAGCUAUUGCAUCAGAUAAUGGAGAUGUCAGUCAUCAGAUGAAAUGCUUUGGAAUGGAAUAUCCUGAACACUGCAUUAAAUAUUAUGGUCCCCACCCUGUAACUUGUUUGAAAACGAUAUGGAGUGAUUUUGAAUGUUUGGAUCUUGGUACCAAAUAUCCUGAUAAACUAACAGAAGAUGAACUGGACCGAUAUAACGGACUGACUCUGAGAGAAAUUAUCAACGAUUUUAAAAACACAAGGAACAAGGCUGAUAGUGCUUCUAAGCAACAUCAACAAUACUGUUUUGGAAUGGAAUAUCCCCUCCAUUGCAACUUAUAUUAUGGACCUCACCCUGUUGAAUGUUUGGUAACAAUCUGGAUUUCGGAACUUUGUUUAUCUGCUGGUCAUAAACAUCCAACUAAACUCUCCAAUGAUGCCUUGGCUCGACAUGAUGAAAUGAAUCAACGGGAAAUUAUAUCUGAAUUUAAGUCCAUCAAGUCUUCUGCAGAUGAAGGUGAUCGCGAAAAUCAAAAUUUCUGUUUUGGAAUGGCAUAUCCUGAACACUGUGAUGAGUAUUAUGGACCAUACAUUAUUGACUGUCUUAAAACAAUUUGGGAAAUGGUAAGAUGCCUUCCUGAGGGAUCAAAGUUUCCACCGAAACUAGACUCAGCCGAAAUUGAUGGAUUCAAUGGAAUAGGAUUGACUCCACUUAUCAACCUAUUCAAUACAUCUGCUCUAUCAGCUGAUAAGGGAGAUACCAAAUUCCAACAGAAUGUUUUGGAUUAGAAUAUCCUGAAGGUUGUGUUAAUUACUAUGGACCACAUCCCAUGGAAUGUUUGGUUACAAUAUGGAAAUCUUUCGAAUGUUUGGAACUUGGAACAAGAUUUCCUAACAAACUUUCUGAAUCGGAACUAAGUCGAAUCGACA